ACAUAAACGUAUGUGAGGUAAUUAGGUCAAUCAAGUCAUGUUUAUGAUUUACAAAUGUGUGGGCAAAUUAGCUGAAUCCUGUUGCUGAAUGAGUCAAAAACUUCUGACUUGAACUGCAAUAUUGGGAUAACGAAGCAGGACAGGGUUACCUGGUACACUGAAGCUAUUCGGUUGGGAAUUAGCAGUCAACAAAUAUGGUGCGGAUUAUGUUCAUUACGAAGACUUGUAUCGGACUUUCCUCCUUUCUUACUUUUGGGUAAUGUUAAAAGUCGUUUUGAAGCAGCUGCGACUCCUCAGAAGUGGGAAGAUUGUGACUUCGUCUUCCGAGCCGGAUGUUACUGUUAUGUUGAAUUGAUUCAGUUGUUUUUGACUUUUUACUGGAUGUCGAAUCGCCUUGGAAACAUGCCGAUUAUUGUCAACCCAGACGCUGACGCCUAUACCUUCAUCUCCCCGACCCCGAUGCGAUACAGGGGGACUCGGUUCGCAGUAGGAUGUAUCUACUGCAUGGAGGUGCUCAAUGGGUUCGCCUUCUUUUUGUUGGCGCCAAAUGUUGCAGAGUUUGGCAGAGAUCAGCUUGGAUUCCUUCAGUCCACCUCAGUCAUCAUCAGCAUCGUAUUUUCCGGUGUUGUUUACAGUACCCCCAUAAUUGGUGGCCUGCUGGGAGACGCAGUUUUUGGUCGAUAUAAAACAAUAUGUGCUGGAAACGUACUGUUUCUUUUAGGAAUGGCUAUUUUGCUCAUCCUAACUGUUGUUCUCAAGACGACGGAAGUGCAAAUUAAUUUUUCAGGGAGAAUGGCCUUGUUCUGCAUAUCACUGAUCUUUGUUGCGACGGGCCAGGGUUUUAUCACCGCCAACAUUACACCUUUCGGCGCUUACCAAGUCGACAACGGCAAUGGUCUCAGGCUAAAACGAUUCUUUCGAUGGUGUAUGUUUUUCUUCAACAUUGGGAAGUUGGCUGCCUACCUGCCGAUCCCUUUUCUGAUGAAAGGUGCAACCUAUAAGUUAGCUGAUCUCACUCUGCCCGUCGUGCAGGUUAUAGUGGCAAUCCUAGCAGCGGUCGUGUUUGGUGUCGGCAAGAAGGCAUAUAAAAGACCUCCCAUAGCAGGGAGACAAAAUCUAAGUCACCUUCUCCGGGGAUUCCGUCACAUGCGGUACGGCAAGAAAAGCUUCCUCCCUUCGGAUGCGCCGUACAAGGAAGUCAGGCGAUGGUACGCGGCGCAUCUCCUUAGGAUGGUCUUCUUCCUCUUUGCAAUGUUUGCCACUACCGGGGUCUUCGAGGCUAUUUAUUUCCAGCUGGAGACCUCCUUCCCAAUGGAAGCGAAUUACUUCAAGGAUCCGAAAUGGAAUAUUCCGCCCAAGUUCAUUUUGAACUUCUCCCCAGUGACGGUGCUCCUCCUGAUCUGCGUGGCGGAGGUGUACUCCUGGUGGUGCGAGAGACACCAGGAGAGGGAAUGGUCCAACAUCAGACGCAUUGGUCUUGGUAUCCUGUUUGCCGCGCUGUCUUCGGCUGUGACAGGGGUUCUCCUCUCGGUGGCUGAUCUCCAGAGCAUGCGCUGGGACGACAUCUCGCUAUUCUGGCAGGUUCCACAAUAUGUCUUCAUCGGCUUUGCUGAUAUGCUCAUAUUUACAGCUGGUUAUGAGUUCUGUUACUGUGAAAGUCCACCUGGUAUAGAAGGCUUCCUAACCGGUCUCUUCCUUGGCGUGGGCUCAAUAUUUGGCAUCAUCAUCUCAAUGGCUUUAACACCUCUAAGAACAACCGACCUACGCAACCACGUAGACAUGACACAACUAGAGAUUCUGUUCUUCAUACUGUCGGGACUGAUGCUGUUCGUCUGGUGUCUCUAUAUCAUUCUGGCCCAGCUCUACCGCCACGCCAGAAACAAUUUACCUGACGCGCCGGGGGAAAGAAGCAUCUCUCAUUCAAAUCCUUGGGAGGAGAACAGCUUCACGCCAGAUGUAUUUGACAUUAGGACUAGUUUUACAGAAUGAACCCCCAAAAAUCGUUUUGGAUACUGGUCUAAAACAGAGAUAAGCUACCUUAUCAUUCCACUUUGCGCGUAUGGGGUGCACACUUUAUCAAAAUGACAGUCUAUUUUUUAGACAGACUAUUUAUUUCUUGGGGCCAAAGGAAUCUCCAAUUCAAAUCUUUUGGAGAAGAAGUUCUAGGAGACUCACCCAUGUGUUAAAUGUGAGUAUAGCCCAAGUGAAUGAAUGGGCGAAAACGUUCGUCUUUGGUGGUAACCCUCUCCAUGAUAAGAUUUCCUAGACACCUCGGUUGGUGCUUCACGGGAAAAUUAUUUUGAAUGAUAUGCAAAUAAAAAAUACAACUUUUA